UCAUAGGUUCACCGUACGUGUGCAGAGAAAACCGGUCCGUACCGCCCCAUUACAGCCCCACUUUUCUUCUAGCAUUCACGAGGGAAGGUCGGUAUCUACCAGCGUCUGCUGUUCAACUUCUUAGCGUUGCUUCACCGAGCCCCCAACACCACAGGACAACAUGGCAGCUGAGGUUUUCAGAAAGUACGACAAGAACGGUGACGGGACCAUCGACAGGUCCGAAAUCACGGCAGCUCUGCGGGACCUGGGAUUGAAUCCCACUUCGGGGUUCAUUGAGACGGUGCUGAAGAGUUGUGACGAGGACCGCGGUCAGACGAUUAGCGAAGACGAGUUUAAGCAUUUCCUUGACGUAUUGGAGCAGAUCAAAGGUCUUCAACAGAUGUUCAACGAAAUCGACGCGGACGGAGAUGGGAAAAUGACCGUGAAAGAGCUGCAGGAUAAGUCCAUGAAGUACUACAAGGAGAACUUCAGCCAGGAGAAAGCGGAGUCGAUGGUAAAUUUUGCAGACGCGGAUUCUGACGGCACACUGACGGCCGACGAGUUCAUUGCGGUUAUGUUUAAGGAGAAGGUCUUUUCUUAAAAAUGAAGGGACCCAUUGGCUCCAUGGAGAGGCUCAGAGCCCUCACAUGUCGAGACAACUAGAAGUAGAAGCGAAGCUAUGAUUUCGAUAUUAUGGGGCAGUAGCAUGCCUGUCCUAUGCAGUCUUAAUUAUAAGGGAUUAGUGUUGGCUCGAAAAGACCAAGAAGGAAAACGGAGUUGAGGAGUGAUAGUAAAGGACAGACAGCCAAACAGCUAGACAGAGGAGAGAGACAGAAAGAGAGAGAACAGGGGAGGAUGGAAACAAAAAGAGUGGGGUGGAGGUGAGAAGGAGAUAUAGUAAAGGGCAGACAGACAAACAUCUAGAAAGAAGGAAGGAUAGAGACAGAAAGAGAGAACAGGAGAGGAUGGAAAGAAAGAGUGAGGGAAGGAGAGAGGGGAUGAGAAAGACACUAUACAGAUCACAAUGCACAUUGAAAUUCUAGAACCUUGCAUACAAACUUCCUGGGUGGUUUGAUUCAUUGACUAAAUGGAUCUUCAUCUUCAAAGAGAUAGAUGCACAGGGGCAGGAUUAAGGUCACAACAUACUUAUGCUGAAUAAAGUUACUGAUUUCCUAUUUAUUCAAGCUAAAUGGAUCAUUUAUUCUGAAUAAAUAGGAUG